UAUAAUAAAUAUAACCAAAUAAUUCCGUUUAUGAAAAAUGCGGUUAAAUGAAUGUGUUUUAGACUACCUCCUGUCACAUGAUGCGGCUCGCGAAUGACUUCAUGCUCUGUCAUGGCUGCACGAGACAUAAACAUGCCAGUGGUUCUGUGAUUCAGAGCAUUAAACCAGUGCGAUGAUUAAAGCAGGGAUCACAACAAAUCAUUCUGACUUUAGGUCCGCCAUAUGAACUGUGUUUUGUGCGCCAGGUGAAGUGAUAGCGGAGUUGUAGAUCACAGGAAGGAUCCGAUCAUGCAGACUGAAGCCGUGCUGGAGCAUCAGAGCUCCUGCAGGACGGGCUCCAAACCCUGGCAAUACAGUGAUCUGAUGGAAAAGGUGGAUGGGUAUUUAAUGAAGUACACCAAUCUUGUGACUGGAUGGCAGUAUCGAUAUUUUGUGCUCAACAAUGAGGCAGGACUGCUGGAGUAUUUUGUGAAUGAGCAGUCCAGGAAUCAGAAGCCCAGGGGCUCGCUGCCAUUAGCUGGUGCGGUGAUUUCCCCCAGCGAUGAAGAUUCACACACGUUCACUGUCAAUGCCAUCAGCGGAGAACAAUACAAACUCAGAGCCUCAGAUGCAAAGGAGCGACAGCACUGGGUCAGCCGACUGCAGAUCUGUGCGCAGCACCACACGGAGGCGUUGGGCAAAACAAACCCACCACUUCAGACUCGCAGUCUCUCCAUGGCAUCUCAGGGCAGUGGCAGCUCUCCAGGAUCUCAACACAGGGUCAACCAGAACUCAAAUGCCCUGCUGGGGCUGUCCCAACUGCAGCGCAGCUCAUCUCUUUACUCCAGCAGAAAGUCGCUCCUGCCUGAUCACUUGCUGGAGGCCAGAGAGAUGAUGAGCCAGGCACAGGGCCAACACAGAGACCUGAUCCAGAGUAUUGAGGGUCUGCCCUCCUCCCAGGGACCCUCUCCUUUGGACCAAGACUUGCUGCUGCUGAAAGCCACCUCUUUGGCUACCAUGACCUGCCUCAGCGACUGCCUGCAUAUCCUGCAGCUCCAACAAGUGGCUCGACAGAAAGCUUCUCUUGGUGGCCAUGCCUUCGAGUGGCUGGAACCAAAACUUCCUGACAUCCUGAAGAAUGGAGGGACGCUACCCAGCAUCACAAACGAUGAUGAUAAAACAGAGGAAACUGUUCUGGAACCUUUAGAAAUGGACUCCUGUGACAUUGCUUGGGAGCAGGAAGAGAUUGAUGCCACACAAGAGGUAGAUGAUUCAACUCCAGCCGAGGAGGAGGAGCUGAGUGCUGUUGAAGAGGAGCGCAGCAUCAUUCUGCACCUCCUCUCUCAGCUCAAACUGGGCAUGGACCUCACCAGGGUGGUCCUGCCAACUUUCAUUCUGGAGAAGCGCUCCCUGUUGGAAAUGUAUGCAGACUUCAUGUCCCAUCCGGACCUUUUUGUCGCCAUCACUGAUGGCUCCAGCCCAAUGGACCGCAUGGUCCGAUUUGUGGAGUAUUACCUCACUUCCUUCCACGAAGGUCGCAAAGAUGCCAUUGCCAAGAAACCCUACAACCCCAUCAUCGGAGAGACCUUCCACUGCUCUUGGAAAGUACCCAAGGCGACGACACCUCCAACAGUUUCGAAAGAAGGGACCUCAUGCACGUCAGACUGCUACAGUGUCCGCUUCGUGGCUGAGCAGGUUUCCCAUCAUCCACCUGUGUCGGGCUUCUAUGCAGAAUGCCAGGAGAGACAGAUGUGCAUCAACACGCAUGUAUGGACCAAGAGCAAGUUCAUGGGCAUGUCCAUUGGCGUCUCUAUGAUCGGAGAAGGUAAUCUACACCUAUUGGAGCAUGGUGAAGAAUACACCUUCAGUCUGCCCUCUGCUUAUGCUCGCUCUAUCCUCACUGUGCCCUGGGUGGAACUGGGAGGAAAGGUCAAUGUCAACUGCACCAAGACAGGCUAUUCUGCAGUCAUCACCUUCCAGACAAAGCCUUUCUAUGGGGGCAAGCUGCACAGAGUGAAUGCGGAGGUCAAACACAACCCCACCAACUCUGUGGUGUGCCGAGUGCAGGGUGAGUGGAACGGUGUGCUGGAGUUCACCUACACCAGCGGAGAGACACGUGUCGUAGACGUUACCAAACUCCCAGUCACCAGAAAAAGAGUACGACCCAAUGAGCUGCAAGGACCCUACGAAUCUAGGCGACUGUGGCAGCAUGUGACGGAGUCUCUGAAGGAAAGGGAUAUGGAUAAAGCCACAGAACACAAGCGUUUCCUGGAGGAAAGGCAGAGGAAAGAGGAGAGGCAUCGUGCAGAGACACAGACAGCAUGGAGGACCAAAUACUUUGAGCGCAAAGGUGAAGGCUGGGUGUAUUACCAACCACUGUGGAAAACGGAGGCCCAUAGCUCUUCCCCGGUCUCUCCUCCACAGAACCCCUGACCUCUGACAUGUUAAGCCCUGAGUCCAGGCAUUGUACAGCAUCCUGCUGCAGUAAACCUCUGCUCCGGUGUGCCCUCUCUCACUGAUGAAGACAUAUGCUGUCCUUUGUAUGAUUCCUGAAACGUAUCUACAGUUUGAGUGUUUGUAACAUGCUUUGUGGACUUCUGGGUUUGCACUAUGAUGUUCAUAUUUUGCAUCCCUCGGUGGGAAGAUUGUUGUAGAACUACACAGUGAAUGAUUUCUUCAAUCCGCACACAGAUAUUGUUUGUUGAUGUUGCCUUAACGAGUGUCGUAUGUAAGGAGGGCUGAGUACAGCGUGACAGCUCUUAACAUGGGAUUGUCUUUGAGUUGAACUUCUUAAUCUUACCAUACUUUGGUGUUGACCACGGUGCGGUCAAAGUUCUCUGAUUCUUUUAAAAUCGUACUGACUUAUCAUGAUUUAUAUGAUAUCAAAUGAAACUUAGGAUUAGGGGAGCUCAUUCAAGUAGGUGGGGUUCAAAGGACAGGCUGCUAGCUGCGUUGAUAACUGGCGAGAUGCAAGUUGUUAUUGCUUAGCCAGACGCAGCUGGAGUCCCGAUGAGAGAGAAACCAUUGGCUUGGCUUUCGUAUUAUACCGUCUUUUUCUCAUUCUCGCUCUGGUAAAUGAAGCUUGCAGGUGCUAUACACAAAAUCUGGGCCAGAUGGAAGUGUUGAGGUUGAGGCCUGCUCUUUCUUUUGUUUCUGCUUGAUGUUCAGUGAACAAUUUCAUUGGCUUUAGUUUAGAUAUUCAACCCUCCCAAAAUUCUGUCUUCACCCUCAUGGCAUUUAAAAUCUAGAAGAAUGACUUUCUUUUGUGGAACACGAAGAUAUUUGUUGAAUGUUGUUUUUUUUUUUGUGUUGUUCAUACAAUGAAAGUCAAUGGGUAUACAGUAGGAUAUACAGGUUUAUAAUGAUAUAAGGUUGAAUUAAUGUAACCGAAUUUUCAUUUUUGGGUGAACUGUUCUUUUAAUGCUUAUGCACUUUAACAGUUUAAACCUAGAAAAGAGCUAGCUUUAUAAUCUUCUCUAUAUGCGCAGCAAUAUGUGUAAAUCCAACCCGAUUAGACAGUAUUAUUGGAGAUACAGUAAGCUCUGUCAGACACCAAUCUGAUCGGUCCAAGUUAUGCAGUUUAAUUUCAUUUGAGUUCCACUUUGAUUCUACCUCGAUUGACAUUGAUAACAUUAAAGGGUAAAUUACCCAAAAAUCACACUCAUGUUGUUCUAUAUAGUCCAUAUAACAAGUGAGCUACAUUACAAGUCUUCUGAAGUCAUGCAAUGCUCUUAAAUAUCAGUCUGAAUAACUGACUGAAAUUUAUGCUAAUGACUGAUAUUUGGCUUUGAGUUUAGUAGUGGCACAUCUAGAUGCCUAGAUCUAAAUGAGCUUAGAUUUCAGUCUUGCUGCUGAAGAAAAAAACUAACAAAAAAAUAACACCUAAAACCAGUUGAUUUAGUCAUCUUAGUUUGUCUGACUGUAAGACCAGCUAAAACCACCGAACUAGGUA